GCGUUUGCUUUAGGUGGUGAUCAUAUCAUUGGUGGACGUUGUGCUAAAAGCAUUGCCUCUGUGAGAGAACCAAGAAACUAUUUCUCCUCCAACCCUCAAGAUGAUAUACGGUAAGGACUAGGAAUAAUAAUGGAUUUAAAAAAUAAUGAUGACGAAGAGGGUGAUUUUAGCAAUUCCGAUGGUGAAGCUUGCGUCCGGGCGGGGGAAAGCCACUUCCCAUACAUUCUCUUAAAUGAAAUCAAAGCGAUGAUCUCACAACUUGCAAUGCGAUGCAUGAUGUUAUUUUUUCAAUUAUUGAAUUAUUUCCUCUGCUGGUUCGCCUCUUGCCUCUGAAAUAUUUACUUUGUGAAAAAUACACUGCGAAUAUCCGCUGACCACCACGCAAGGUGACCGCUUUGCAAGUUGUGAGAACAUCGUUUUUCCCAGACCUCGUCUGCCUUCCCCCCUGGUUUGCAUGCAUUUAUGAACGCUCAAAAGAUCUGGACGAAAACCCUUGGGGAAUACGGAGUUAAAAAUAAAAUCGUUAAAUAAUGCGUUAAUAACAUGGUAAACAACAUGUUUUAAAGCGUUUUAAGGCGGCAAAGCAAUGGUAGUGGAAAGAGUUGCACAUUCCAGGUUCAGAUACAGGGUAAGAGAAAGCAGUUAUUGGCCUCGCCACUGUGCCCUGCCACUUGCGCUUUGUGUUAAAUUUAGUAUUAUUUAAUUCACAAUGAUAAUUUAUAAAUCCUUUGCUGAUUUGUUCAUUCAUUAAGUCUCUACAUUCCAUGUCAGGACGAUAAAUGAAGAAAUAUCUGAAAGCAGAACUGAACUUGAAUGUCUCGUGGAUCGUUGGAAAUCACUAGAGAAAACACUCAAACAAAAGAUUGUGAGUACCUUGAUUAGUCAUGAUGUUACGUUGCUGGCAGAUAACGACUAGCUGAUUAUUGCAUUACUUGAAAACUGCUUAACCCAUUCGCUCCUGGAGAUUUUGCCGAAAAACGCGUUUUGAAGCUAGUCGAGUGGUUUUCUGGUCACUGUCGUACUAUAAAGAGCUAAAACUUACCACAAACCGGUUUACCGGUCGUACACUUGGCGGCCUUCUGAUCCAGAUGCAAAAUAUCAGCUUGCGAAGUUGGGGCAUGCGCAGAAAGCAAAAUUUCGAGUUUUUGGGUUUAAAAGUGACACAGCAGUCUUGACUUUUACUUUUCGCUUUCUAUCCUCCCUUCUUUUUUCGCUUUUCUUGCCUCAUUUUUUUUUCUCUUGCUGGGCAUUUAGUAGGCUUCAUUUUGGUGGGAAGAGUUUUUAGGAAAGCUUUUAGGAUCUUAGGAUUAGGUGAAAGGAAAGGUAGGUGGGUAAUGGAACAAGAUUUUCAUGGAGAUUUUCAGGUCCUUGUCACGUGGUUUUUUGCUUCUUUCUCCGGUGUCCUUGACUGAAUUGUGCUCAUUCUGGUAUGGUUUGAAAGAUCUCUUCACUCUACACAAGUUAGCGAAGAAAGUUUUCCUUGACCGUUAAAACUGAUGACGUCACAAAGGGUAGAAAGGACCUGGAUCCGCACGGGCGGUUAUGGGCGGUUCAGGGGUGAAUGGGUUAAGUACCGAACUUACAAUAUUUUGCUUUACUUUCAGAAUGAGUUGCAAGAAAGCAACAAGGCGAAAAAGAAACUGCAGACCUCCAUAGCAAGUCUUCAAGUGGUUUGUGCUGUUAUGUGUUGUGCUCUGCAAUUUUCCCGCUUUGCUGAUUGAUGUUUUUGUUUUUGUACAAUAAAGCCUAAGUUGAAAACUUUGCGUGGGCUUUACAACUUCCUAAAGGGAGUUUAUGUGCGUUGACUAGAGUGAUGAGUUUGCAAAGAAUUGGUGUCUUUUUGGAUUUGCGCCUUGAUAUUUAUCUUAAGUCACACCAAGAAAUGCCUCCGCUAAAGCUGCCAUAUUUUCAUUUGUGGACUUCGCCUCACUUUAAUGCAUUGAAUCAUGAAAGCGAGUCUACCGGAAGUCAAUCAGUUUACCGGAAACUGUCUCCGCAUGUCUGCAUAGUUUCUAAACAAAACUGUUUUGAAAUAAAGAUAUCCCAAAGGCAUGACUGGGAGACUCCCUCUCUGUUCUAUUAUGAUCUCCUGGUCACAAAAAAUGGAAGCACUGGCUUGGAAAUUUCCUAAAUGCGUCAGGAGAUAGUGAGUAAUAGUAGUAAUGAGGUGCAUGGGUUUUUUUUUUGGUUUAAAAUGAGUCUGCAAGGAGGAUGUAAAGUAAUCUUCAAGGAACGAAAGUGAUUUUUUUAUCCCACGGCUCUUCUUAUCAUUGGGUAGCUGCAACCUUUUAAAGUUCUGUUAGUUAGAAAAUGAGACAGAGCACGUCCAAGUAUACCUGACGUGCAUGGGGUUUGUUAAAAUAAAUCUGCAAGAAGGAUGUCUAGUAAUCUUAAAGGAACAAACGUGAGGUUUUUUUAGACCAUGGCUCUUCCUAUCAUUGCCUAGCCGCAGCCUUUUGAAGUUCUGUUCUCUCAAAUACACCUAUUUAGGGUUUAAAAAAUUGCAAGUUUUUUUGGUGUUUUUUUCUUUAGUAUUGCACAGAACACUAUUUUAAUACGCAAUGUGUCAUUGUAUGUGUCUAUAUGGUACUUACCGUAGGUCAUGCAAAAUGCCAAAUGGAAGCAGUAGCUUAGAAAGGUUUCCCACCUGUUUCAGCUACCCCGGUUUCCAACAUUUUCUAUUUCUAAUUUGAUCUGGAGUGGUAGAGGAGGAGCCAGUUUUCUAGGUACUACCACCAAAACGUUACUGAUUAAUUGUUUGUUUUUUGUAUUAACUUACUUAUUUAUCCAUUUAUUUUACUGGGCAUGCCAGGAAAUUAGUGAGCUGAAGGAAAGCUUUGAAGAAGAGGUUUCGCCCGACAUCUCAGUUUUGGUACGUAGAACUUUACGGUAAUUAAAACUCCUUACUAUCGGUUCAGAAAAGGCACGCUUAAGUUCUCUUGUCAUUCUAACAGUUUAAGUAACAUCACAAGUUAUGCCAAGAGGCAGCCAAGAAAUCUUACUGAAAAUAUAAUUGUGAGUUUCUUCAAUUAUUUCUGAGUAGGAUUUCAAACCUUGAUAUACACCUUAACGCUUUGAGGCUUGGCUACAGAUUCCUAAUGCGUGGCUAAAUUUACUUUCCAGAACUUUCUCGUCAUGUUGUUUUCUUAGAUAAACGAUUGCGCCACCAACUGAGACAAAGAAAAUGCAUUAAUUAACCUAAAGUUGGAGUAAUAUCUCAGCCUGAAGGAAGAAAUUGAUACCCCAAGCUCGGCACUCCACAUUCACAGUAGAUAAACCAGCAUCAACCAUUUACACACAUUGAAAUCUGUAAAGCUAAUCGAAAUACAUUAAAAGUAACUUUGCAAGACAUAGACGCAACACUGAUAUAACCCAAAACAGAGCGGGCUUGUAUCUCUUGUGAUUCAAUUUUAUCCUUGGUUUAAAUUUUAUUUCCCUUUUUUAAACUCAUUAUCAUACGCUACCAUACCCAAGAACAACGCGAAAUAAAAUUUAAACCAAGGAUAAAAUUGAACCACAGCAUAUCCAUCGACAGCAGCUUUAUUUCAUCAACCAUUGAUCCUGUGGUCCCGUGGACCGGGUCACACUCCUAGUCUGUUCAAGAAAGAAGACAGAAAAACAGUAGUACUCCUAGUCACUUCGUAGCAUUUAAAUGACAGACAUGUUUCAUUUAAUGAUCGUUCGAUACAUUUCUUUUUAUCUAUUCGUACUCAUAAGUAUUACGCUGUGUGGUAUUUAAUUCUUUUUUUAAUGUUUUUAGGAAACUGACUUGGAGUUGUAUGCUCAGCGGCUUGAGGACUGUACUCAGCAGGUAUAAAAAUAGGCGUACAUGUAUCUGUUGGGCUUAUCUUGUAAUGCUAACUUCUCCAUAACCAAAAGACCAAAACAUAAAAAUUUAUCUAUGAGCAAAUUGAGUAGUUAUCAAUGGCCCUUAUUCAUGUUUACGCUUGAACAUAAAAUUCCAGAACCAAGUCUCGCUUGUGAACUUACUUCUUUGCACCUGCACUCUUUCUGAAUGGAUCUUCUUUAUUCUCAGCUGCCUCGUGAAGGUAUUUAAAAACAACUUUCAUAAUCUAAGAAUUAAGUUUGUAGUGGUAUGUUUAUGACUUAAUGAUUGCGCUUUCUUUCAGAGCCAAACUGCAGAAGAAGAACUGGCUCAGGCUUCUACAGCUUUUCAAAAACAACAAGAGAUAAAUACCCAGCACACACAGAAAGUGUCCGUCGUAUUCGAGAAAGCAGAUUCCCUUAAGGUAAUCUUUUCUUUUUCUCUCAUUUUUUUUUUGGUGUCUGAGAGCUAUAUCUACAUUUAUAAGUACGCGUGAAACUCCUUCGGGUACUUUCAUUAUGCUGGUGAAGCGAACUCAAAAAAGUACUGCAGUCGAUGAGAACCUGUGAAAUGUCCGUGUUAAUAGAAUACAUGUAGCAUGAUAGGUUCUAAUAUCUCAUUUUUUGCUGUCGUUUAUGGGUUUCUAUGAUUACACAAGGAGUCUUUAGAAUUGAUGUCUUAAUAAAAAUGUAUUUGUUUUUGUUCAGGAGGAGCUGACAUCAUUAAAUCUAAUUAUGGACCAGGAAAGAAUGAGAAAGAAUCAUCAUGAAAAAGAGCGGAGGAAAUUCGAGCGGAAAAUUGCUGAGAAUGAGAAAGAGCAAGAUCGUCUGGUUAAGUUAGCAGAGGUAAAGUACUUGGCCUCUCAAUGUUACUGAGUUGUUUCCAGGUUUUAGUUUCAUCAAAACUAACAACUGGCUUUAGAGAGAAGUGAGGAACUGACCCACCUACCCCACCCCUAAACCACGGUUUACACUAACUUGAGCAAGAUGUUGAGUUAAGGGAGGGAUAGGUGCAUUUUCCUAGCCCUGACUUUGCUGCGUUUCAUGCAACUGGGGCCGGACCUUUUGUUUGUCAUGGACCGUUGGGUUCGUCACGAGUUCCUUCCCCAGGAGUGUCUGCUGAAGCGAGCGGUUGAAUUCAUUCCCAUUGUUCGCAAAUAUCAGCUGGAGCUCACGUGCCCUAAUCGGACAACCAAUCGACGGUGUUGAAGUCAAUGUGUUGACAAGCCAAACACGACGUACAAGCUCGGUAGAGUGUGAUACUAACCUGCGAUCAGGCGUUUUUUUUUUCGGGUCCGAAAGCAAAUUUUGAAAUCAAAACCUGUUGAAUAGUAGCACAGUUCCUAGCUCACAAACCGUUCAAUUUUGCUUUGUUAACUGAUACUUUCAUCGUAUCAUUUUCAAAAUUUUUGAAACUUUGAUCUUGAAUGUAAAUACGGCAAACAUAAAACAGCUUUUCGGGCCCGAAAAUUUAUCGGGACUUUCGUGAAACGGGUCCCUGGGCCGUUGCUGUUCAUACUGUAUCUGAUAGCUUUUCGUGCCUAUUCUUGGUUUGCAAUCACGUGACAAGGUGGCCAUGUUGGUGUUCAAUACAAUAGAAUUCUUUCUCGAAAUUAGAGUUUAGAGACGGACCAUUAGAAAACUUAUUGAGGGUGGGGGGGAGGGGGGCGGGCGCAGGCGAAGUACAAAAAAAGUAUUCGCGCAGGGGAAAAUUAAGUGAAAAACAUUCUUGCAUGCCAAUUAAUCCUAAAAAAUAUUCAUGCUAUGGCCUAAACCAAAGGAGAGAAAAGCUUUUGUUCUUGACCACCAACGUGGCCGCCCUGACGUCACGUGCAAACCAGCAGUCCGUUAAAGUGUUGACAUUGCCAGAGUUCGUUUCUAUGCAUUUUAAUUUAGAUUAAAGGAGCUGUGUCACGAAAUUCAGCCAAAUUAGGUAAUUACAAAAUGGCCGUUAAAUCCAAGAGACACAUAAAAAUAACCGCUUAAAACAUUAAAGGAAGGUUAAAAAAACACAACAGAUACAAGAGAUGCCAUGGAUGGGCAAAACUGAAGAAGAUCGAAUCGGAUUAAAAUUAGGGUUUUUGAAAACUGUUCAGCCUAACAGUUUUUAAAAGUUUAUCUCUGCUGUUUACAGCUUCAAAAAUAAUGCUCAGGAGACAUAUUUGUUUGCCUCGAAUCUCUGACUUUGUCAUUUACAUGUAAUUUCUUUGCUUACUUUAAGUUCCAUAGCGAUUGAGGGCGAGUAAUUGGCAAAAUUAAACAAAAUGAACUGGACUGCCGUGACACAGCCCCUUUAAGUUACGUUGUGGUUUUUGUCAUUUACAAUCCUCGUAUGAACCCGAACGCUCCCUUGUCAGACUAUUGCAAUCUAUGGGAAGUUACUGUAAUUAACAUUCAAGAUGUAAUUCAUUGAAUAUUUGUUCAUUUCCAACUUUUCAGCAAAAAGCUGACGUGGCAAGUAAACAUUUUCCAAGAGUGGAAACUACCAGAAGUGUGACAGACCUCGAAACAGAAAUUUUAAAAAAGCAGAAAUAUAUCGAGGAGGAGGAACGAAAGUAAGUAAUUCAGUUGGCUAAGCCGAGAAUAGGUCUUCCACCCUUUGGGUAAAAAUGGUUAGGCUGAUUUAAGGAAUGACCCUGGAGAGUAACAGUGCGUAAGUGUUUAAGAUUUUUCUUUUUUCGUUUUCGCGAAGUGGCAGUUUUAACUCUAUUAUGUAUAGAUGUUGUUGGGAGAAAAUUGAUGUUGGUCACUCCUGGGACAUAAAGGGUUAAAAGUGCAGAACAAGCGUCCCAGGAGUGACCAACGUCAAUACAUAAUAGAGAGAAAAGGUUAUGAGAACCAAUGAAAUGACAAGGGAAACCAAAAUUUUGAUCCUAAAACAAAUUCUCUCAACUUUUUUUAAGGAAGUGUAUGGAAAUAAGACUGGAGCAUUUGUAUGUGGAUAUUAGGGCUUAAAGGGUUAACGGUAUUCAACCAAUUAAACUCUCUUCGCUUGAGACCUCUCUGAUCCCACUCGACAAAUUCUUCACUGCUCUGAUUGGCGGAGGGCUUUUGGGGCAAAAGGUGAAUCCAACAAUAAUUUGAAAAUUUAACACGCGGCGACCCAGGACAGAAUUAAUAAGGUAGUGUGACGCCAUCGGUGUAGUUUCUUGCCACUGUGCCUUGGAUGUUAUCACGCAUGGACAGUCUCUUUAUGGCUGUAUAUUUUGUUUGUUUCAGUGUUCUUAGUCUGUUUGGAUCUAGGGUAACUAAUGUUCAAACUUGCCUACUUUCACUCUUUGGCUCUGUGUGUAGCGGGUACAUAUUUUCCGCCCUUGGCAGCGGUUACGUUUGUCCCUCCUUCGAUGUAUUUGUAGCGGUUACAUAUUUUCCCGCGCUUGACAGUGGCUACAUGUGAAAACGAGCCAGAAUAGAGAGGAGAAGUCGUUACGUCAUGUUGCCAUGGUAGUUAAAUUUCUGGAUGACAACGAACAAAAACGUCACUUAAAAAGUGAAUUCACACUAUUUCAAAAUUCAUCGAUCUUAUUCAAUUUCUUUUAAUUUCUGAAAUGUUGGCAAAAUUUUCUGGGGUUGAAUCCGAAAGGAUCGUAUCUAAUUUGUGUUCGCAUCGAAUUUGUGUUCAUCUACUCCAUAAAGGGGCGCGUGAAAUUAGAAGUUUGAUGUCGCAGUCGUGCAACGACGGCUAAGAAAUGUACAAAAAAGCGUGAUGCACGUGCAAAAUUAUUGUUUUUGCUAAUCUAAACCUAUUACUUUUUUGCCAUUCUCGUUGCCGUCGCCAUCGUCUUUGCUUAAGUUCCCUAUUGUUGUGGUCCAGAAAUUUUGGUACCAUGGUAACGUGACGUCAUACUUCUACUCUCUAUUGAUUUCUUUUGUUUUAUACAUUUGCAGUCGUGGAAGUGCGGAGAAGAUUACGAAAGAAUUUAUAGAAAUUUGUGACCGAUAUUCAGAGAUCGUAAAGAACACGAAGAAUAUACAGAAAUUACAUAAGGUAAGCAUAAGUGGAACUUUUUGGAGCCGUUACCAAAAGAUGUCAAAUGCGCAUCCAAUAUUUUAAAAACCACUGUACGUCUCAGAACCAUCCAAAGGUGAACCUUUACUGAAAGUUUAACGUACAAUACCUGGCCUCACGGGCUUCUCUCCCAAACGUUAUCCGGACUUGGUAAAAACGGGCGCAAAGAGAACAACUUGAACGUAUUAUCAAACCAUUUAAGAAUUGUUGAUGUUUUUUUUCUUCUAGUGUUUAAAAAAUCAAAUGGAAAAGAGGAUGAAAUAUCUUAAAGAGAAAAGAAAAAUAUUAGCUUCACAUACUUCUCAGUUCUUUACUCGACAUUUGAGCCAACGAGGUUUUAGUGGAUAUGUAUCCUUUGAUCACAAUGAUGAGACUCUGGAACUCAUAGUAAGUAUAACGAACCUAUCGUGCGGUGUGAAAUUAGGAACAACAUGUCGGAGGAAAAUUGUCUCUGGGUGCGUUCGAUUGCAAAAUCUGGAUUUCCGAUUUUAAAAUCCGGAUUUCAAAUGUGCAAAAAAUCGCCACAUCCGAAAACGGAUUUUAACGCCGAGAAAUCUGUCCCUGGUUUUCCUUUCUUUCAGUUUUUUGGCCGGAAAUCCUAAAAAAGUUUUGAAAACUGUUCUCAAGAACAUCGGUCUUGCACGCGCACGUAUAAUUACCCAAAGAGGACACUGUUCACGAGAGCAGCGUUGUAAAUCCUUUUUUUGGAUUUACCGACGAAACGGUAAAGAAGGAAAUACGUGAAACCUGGACUGGAAUUUCUUAACUGAAAUCCACCUAGAGAACACAUUUCUCGUUGUUGAAGUCCGUUUUUCGCCGGAUUUCGCGUUUUAUUGCAAAAUCCGAAAUCGGGAUUGAAAAUGUAAAUCCAGAUUUCCCAAUCGAACGCAUUCUCUUUUCCCGCUGUAAUCAAGCCUUCAUUGAGGACACUAAUUUACGUCUUCUACUGGAGACGGCGCCACCAUCUCUGCAGUUAAGAGCUCUACCAACUGAGCUAGUCCUGCCUUAGCCUGCCGGCGGGGCAACUUGUGCGAGUUCGGGGGAAAAUUUUGGCAGCGCCGCCAGUGGGCCGAGGAUGGAUGGAUGACGCUGGCUCCGCCGCCAAAAUAAUUUUCCCCGAAUUCGCACGAGUGAGCCUGCUCACAGGCUAGUCCUGCCGUAUUUCUGAGGCGGUUUUUAAUACUAGUUUGCAAUAUCUCUAGCAUGAUACAGAUUAAAAGGUAGAUGGUUGACUGUUGCAGAUUAUAACAUUACUGGUGCAAGAAAUAAUAGCUUUGCGAAAAAAGGGGCCCUGAUUUGUUACUAUAUGGUUGAUUUUGUUUAUUUUGUAAGUCAGAACAAAAAUCAGGGAAACGCAACAGCCAAAGUUGAUUUCUAGGUAUUAUUUGAGACAAAAGGGACCUUGAGAUCUGAGGACGGCGACGGUAGCGAAAACGUUGCUUAAAAAGUGAAUUUGCGUUUUUAAAUCUUCAUCGCGAUUAUUCCAAUUCACUUAUUUUGUCAAAUGUAGGCGAACUCUCCUUUGAGUUAAAUUCCUAAGAACUGUAUCCAAGUUGAGGAAAAGAAAGAAAAUUUGGCUUUGGCUCGUUUACGUCCUCCAAUCUAGUCAUUUUCACGUCGUAGUCGUUCGGCGACGGCAAAGAAAUUUACAGAAAGUGUGCUGUACGCGCAGAGUUGCUGUGUUGCGUGUUAAACAUAUUGCCUUUUUGACGUUCUAUCUGAGGUCGCCGUCGACGGUUCUUUUGAAGAAACGGAAAGCUGACAGGUUAUUAUAAUUCUUUUAUUUUUCUUUGCCAGGUUAAUGUGCACAAAGGUCCAAAUCACGUUCAUGGAGGCGUGGACGAGAGCACAAGAGUGAUGAAGUCUUUGUCAGGCGGGGAAAGAUCUGUCUCGACCAUAUGUUUUCUGACUGCCCUUUGGGGUACUAUGGAGUCUCCAUUCAGAUGCCUUGACGAGUUUGAUGUUUUUAUGGUAUGUGAAAAAAUACAUCUUAACCGGUUUCAAGAUGCCCAGGGUAAAAACUAACACAAAACAUAUUUCAUACACUAUCAAACGAAGUAUAGGCUCUUGUCUAGUCAAUAUUCACCUGACGCAUUUUGGAUUACGUUGGGUACCCAUGAUGCAGGAAAAAAAUUCUGAUUCAACAGAGAUAAACAAGAGCCAACCCGCCAUGCUUUCCUUUGAACACGGGUAACAUCCGGGGACUUUUAUUUCCAUUUUAAGAACUUAGCACUGGAAACCCACUCCUAACAAAGCAUUCACUGUCGUCAAUACACGCAGCAAUCUAACCUUAGCUUUGGUGAUUUGCAGGAUCUUUAUAACAGAAAGGUUAUAAUGAAAAUGGUGUUGGAGCUAGCGGCGUUACCAGAGGAGAAACAUCGACAAUUCAUUUUUCUGACUCCUCAAGACAUGAGGUAAGUCUUCAUUAUUGAGAUACGGGGCACUUUGACUUGCCACUUACACAAUAAGCUCGGUUAAACAUUUUUCUCAUUAACAUUCUUCUUGACCCACGUCCAGAGUCUUUUAAGAAUUCUGCACUCAAACGACAAAUAUACUUUCCAUAGCUUGAAAAGUGGAAAGGUGUAAACCGUUUGAGUUAUUUCUAAAUUGCAAUAUCCUGUUAUGCGAUUCAAUAUAGUACAUCCAGUCACCUCAUUUGCUCUUGAACAUUCGUAUAACCCGACGACAAACUUCAAAUGGUGGCAGCAAAACGGUUCACAACGUGUCUUGUUUGCCCCCAAUUAGAACAUGUUUUUUCGUCACGGCAUCAACACGCUUACAUGCAAUCGAUUGUUAUGCAUCCCAUAUGCAGAAGGAACAUACUAAUUAUUUUUCCCUAUUAGUUAUUUGCCCAUAGAUAGAUCCGUGGUAAGAAUUUUCAAGCUUGAUGAUCCUGACAGAUGACGAUGGACCACAGAGACCUAAGAGAGACCUUUAGAUUCGAAUGCGAGGACGACUGCGAUGACGAGAUUUGACGUAAAAGUUUUUUUCGUGUAUUCUCAAAAAGUUUCAUUUUACUUUUUUUUUUUAACAGACAAGUUAACACGGUUAUUUUUAUUGAAGGGGGUUCAGCCCUCUCACGAUCGCAAAAUGACAACACGGCAUGAUUUGAAUGAUUUGAUAACUUGUUUCUGCUACUACGACGUUUUCGGUCAAACCUGUAUUAGAAUGACGACCCGGGGCUCGUUUCUCGAAAGACCUGGGAACUUUUCAGGCCCGAAGACAAAUUUAAAAAUCAAUACCUGUUGAAUAGAAGCACAGUUCCUAGCCCACAAACUAGUCAAUUUUGCUUCGUUAACGUAUAGUCUCAUUGAAUUAUUUUCAAACUUAUUAAAACUUUGAUCUUGAAUGCAAACACAAACACAAAACAGCUUUCCGGGCCCGAAAAGUUACCGCGACUUUUGAGAACCAGGCCCCCGGACGGCUAUCUUGUUUUCCCGCCAUAAUGACACUGGUUCACGCACGGUACUUACUAUUGAGAAAAUCUUGUUGUCGUAGUCCUACUCGUUUUAGAAUGUGAAGUCCCAAAUGUAAUUGUUGAGAGCUCUGAUUAGAAACGCCUCUAAAGCGUUUAGAUUUUUACUUAUCGUAUCAUGAAGGUUACUUAAAAUAUAUAAUGAUAUUGUAUAGAAGCUAUAACUUUAUGUAUAUUAGAAGUUUUUAUGGUACAAUUGAAAACAGAUUUAUAUUUUAUACCACUACAUUUAUGUAACAAAUUUUUAUCUUCACAGACAAAGAUAUUACAAGAGUCAAAUUAACGUAACAGUGAAUAUUAGAUUGUUUUGUAAAUAAGAGAGGCCAUUUCCCCGAAUGACAAUUAGCCUCUUUUCGAAAUUCUCUCAUAUAUAGGUAAUUUUUUAUUCACAGGCAAAUGAAACUCCUUUAAUUGUUGUGCAACUGAACAGUUCCAGCUUCGAUAAAGAGGAUUAAAGCAACACGGAAAUGUGCUAGCUUUUCAUUCUCUUGCAUUAUUGCACUUUUUUGGCCAAUCAAAAGUGAAUUGUGCUCCGUUUUGGAAUGUUUCUUAAUGUGGACAACGUCACUAGGUAUAAACUAAAUUUUCGCAAUUUUCCCGACAUUUUCCAUGUCAUUUUGUUAGUGAAUGUUGAGUGUUCGCUUUCAAAGUUUCACGUCGUCGGAUUUUUGGGAGAAUUUCCUGCAAAUUCCUCGGUCUAUUCGCUUUCUGAAAUUUUGGUGGAAUGGGAAACAAAAUGAAAAACAUGUUGAGUUGUUAACUGAAAGUUUAGGUUAAAUGAAGAUUUCUAUCCAUGAAAUCUUACGGUCGAGAUUCUUAUGUAAUGAUUAGUGCCAAUUUUUUUAAAAAAAGCUUUUGGGUUCUUUUUAACUUGAUUUAUAUCCAUGGCAAAUUUUCAUCAUUUGUAAUAAAGUUACACUCAUGGAUGUCACAUAUUUUUAUUUAAUACUCGAGGUUUCUGAUGUUUGUAAAGUUCUUAGUAAAAUAUGUUUUGUUAGAGUAUUUUAUUUCGUUCUGUUAAAAGCCUAGGAGAUAUAAGACUUGACUUUCAGUAAAGUGUUCAAAAAAUAAGAGGUAAUGACGUCAUUGUGUAAUUUGUAUUGAUUUACUCCAACAUGCCUCUAGACAAUAAGAAAAUUUAAGAAAUACAUAAUUCAAAAUUGCAACAAAAGAUAUACAAAGGCAACUGAAAAGCAAAAACCUUGAGGGCCGUGUUCCUGACACCCCCCACUCGUUCUCCUUACUUGGGGGAGGGGGGGGGGAUUGAUUUCCGUCAAGAGAGAUGGAGGUUUUCGUUUUAGGCAAGGGGAUAAUCUUCGAAUUCUUUUAAAAUAGAGACUAUACUAUAAACGGCAACCGUUUACCAACCAAGUGCUAUGGUGAUUUGAAAUGCGCAGAUUAAGAGAUGUUGAAAUUGAGUCCUAAGCAUGCCUAAGCGAUACCUGUAUAGUUAAAAAUUUCAGUUUUUCAAGUAAGACCAAAAUCUGCAAUUUACACUAACCCCAUUUCCUCUGUUUGUGUCCUGUAAGACUCGCCAUUAUGUUGAAUUUUAAUGUCUCGACUUGAUAGGCUGGGGUAUCGGGAGAAAGGGAAAAAGGGAGGGGGUUGCGGAGAGAGGCUUGUUAAGGGACUCCCUUUUCCCUUUCGCGCUUUUGUCCCCUUCCCCUCGCCCUCCCCCUCCCCCUCUCCUUUUUGCACCUGCCACACAGGCUAAAACUGUUGAGAACCAAAACGGCAAGGUGAUAAAUUUUCACUCUCUGAACUGGGACGCAGUCCCCUCUCUUCAGUUCCCACCAAACUUCCUUACUUUCCGGGGGGGGCACUCAAAGGAAGUCUGGGUAGAGCUGUGCCGCCGAGACCUUCAAACCCCGACCCUGGUUAACACAAAAAUUGCUCAUUUCGUACCCUGUUUAAGACAGGAGACACACACUCGCUAAAAGGCUUCCAGUGCAAAAAGACACCCUUUUCAAGACGCUUAAUGGUGAAAUUGUAUAUUCUGAAGACUCAAGACCUUGAAAACCACACCCUGUUCAGCGGCACAUAGCACAUACCCUUAUAGGCCAAAUAAGGAAGUCCCCCCGCCCCUCCCCCGGGCCUACUUUGAGUAACUGAGUGACUUUGUAUUUUUCAGCUACGUUUUCAUGCAUAGGCGUCACCGUUGUCGGCCGUCAAAAAUGGCAACCGAAACUUACUGUUUUCUUUCUGUCAGUGCUCCGGCCCGAAAAAAUUUUCCCAGAGGUAAACAAAAAACGUCCGGAUUUUAUGACGUCCAGGACGUCGACAAGCGAGGGACGCCUGGGGACUGGGUAAACAAUAUGGCGACCUUCAUAAACCUUCAUGGUAUUCUAGCGUUGUCAGCGUUUUUCUCUUUAGUGGACUUGCCGUUCAUGAUCGAUGAGGCGCUCGUGAACUAAUGUCUAAAACGCGAAAUGAUGACAGUUCUCUGGGUAAUCAACCAGAGAAGAAACGGAAGUUUAGCCCUGAUUUUUCGGGGAUUAGCGCCGUGAUUGUGGAUGUUGGUCUUGGAAAGACUAGAACUGCCAUUUUGGCCAAACAACUUGAAAGGCAUGGCGGAAAACACAUCAAAAAUUUGGAUAGUGCCACCACACACGUGAUAGUCGACAAGAAAAUGAAACUAGAGAGAGUGAAAAAGUAUUUAGGGGUGAAAGAUAUUCCUGAUGAAGUCAAGGUUGUGGAUUCUGACUGGUUGAGCAACUGUCUUUCUGAGGGAAAUCUCGUAGAAAUAGAACAUUACAUCUUGGGCAAAGUUUGCCAUGAUAGUAAGAUCAAAUCCACCCAAAACCUGUCAAGUAAUGAAACUUUCAAAGUGGAACAGACCUCAGAGCUGGUGGCUGGUGACUUAGGACCUUCCGGGUCUAAACUUGAUGUAGAAACCGGAACAACGCAUGAAAUAAAGUCUGCAGUUCAAGGAUCUCCAAGUAAAAAGGCUUCAUUAAAGACUCAAGUCACAUCUGCUGAUGAUGACAGUGAUUAUGCAGACAGUGGAGAUGAAGGAAGCAAGUCUGGGAAAUCACCAGUUAUUACGCCCAAUGUUUCACCAGAAAAGCUUUCAAAAAAUUUAGUUUGUGCUCAGGCUUCCACAUCUAACCAACAAAACCAUAAUCAGUUUAUUACAGAAAAGUUGCAAAUCCUGGCGACUUCUUAUGCCAACAGCAAGGAUCAAUGGAGAGCCUUGGGAUAUAAGAAAGCCAUUGUGUCAGUCAAGAAUUACCAUAAGAAACUUGAGACGUGGGAGGAAUGUAGCAGCCUUCCAUUUGUCGGAGAGCGGCUUGCUAAGAAGAUCUGGGAAAUUGUUGAGACUGGGCAUUUGCGGAGACUUGAUCAUGUGGAUCCCAACCAAGAGGCCAUUAACUUGUUUGUUGGUGUUUGGGGUGCUGGACCUACAACUGCAGAGGCUUGGGUGUCUCAAGGACUGAAAACUUUGGAAGAUCUGAAAAAUCAUGGGAAGUUGACGCGUCAACAGGAAAUUGGCUUGAAAUAUUAUGAUGAGUUUCUUGAGAGGAUGCCACGAGAAGAAGCUGGACAGAUUGAGGAAGUCGUCAAGAAUGCAGCAUUAGAAAUAAACCCAGGACUGGAAGCUUUUGCUUGUGGAUCUUACCGCAGAGGAAAACCAACUUGUGGCGAUGUUGAUGUCAUCGUAUCUCACCCAGAUGGAAAAUCACAUGAGGGUGUCAUGACAAAACUGCUUGAUAGCCUGAAAUCCUCAGGAUUUCUGACAGAUGAUCUUACAUUUGCUGAAAAUGGCGAACAUAGAAAAUAUCUUGGUGUUUGCAAACUUCUUGGUGAAAACACAAAACACAGGCGCUUGGACAUCAUUGUGGUGCCUUACAAUGAAUGGGCAUGUUCACUGUUGUACUUUACGGGCUCUGAUUACUUUAAUAGAUCAAUGAGGCUGCUUGCUAAAAAUAAUGGCAUGUCAUUAUCCGAACACUCUUUAAACACAGGAGUAGUUCGUAAAGGAGGCGAAAAAAUUUUUGAAGGAACACCACUUCCUGUGUUCAGUGAAAAAGAUGUGUUUGAUUAUCUUGGAUUAGAAUACAGAGAACCUCAUGAGAGAGACUGGUAA